AAAGCGCCCCGUCCCCACACAGUGUGCACACUACAAGCAGGGAGAGUUGUUCUCAAGGUUGCCCGUUGACCAAAUGAUGACUGCCAAGACCGUAGACAAAAUUCCAGUGACUCUCAGUGGUUUUGUGCAUCAGCUCUCUGAAAACAUUUACCCCGUGGAUGACAUCUCUACCACACUGCCAACUUCGGUUACAAUCUUCCCCAAUGCCGAUUUAGGAGGACCGUUUGACCAGAUGAGCGGUGUGGCAGGAGAUGGCAUGAUCAACGUGGACACGGGCGACAAGAGAGCCCUGGACCUGCCCUACGCCGCCGGCUUCGCGCCCAGUGCCCCGGCCUCCCGCAACCAGACCUUCACCUACAUGGGCAAAUUCUCCAUCGACCCGCAGUACCCCGGCGCCGGCUGCUACCCGGAGGGCAUCAUCAACAUCGUGAGCGCGGGGAUCCUGCAGGGGGUCAGCACGCCCUCCUCCUCCUCCUCCUCCGUCGCCGCCUCCGCCUCCUCCUCGGCCGCCGCCUCCGCCGCCUCCCCCAACCCGCUGGCCGGGGCGCUGGGCUGCCCCAUGGCGCAGGGCCAGCCGGCCGACCUGGAGCACCUCUACUCGCCGCCGCCGCCGCCCUACUCGAGCUGCGGCGACCUGUACGCGCCGCAGGAGCCCUCCUCGGCCUUCCUGCCCGCCGGCGGCGGCGCGGCGCUGCCCUUCCCGCCGCCGCCCUCCUACCCGUCCCCGAAGGCGGCGGCGGCCGACGGCGGGCUCUUCACCAUGAUCCCCGAGUACGGCGGCUUCUUCCCGCCGCCCCAGUGCCAGCGGGAGCUGCACGCCGGUCCCGACCGCAAGCCCUUCCCCUGCCCGCUCGACUCGCUCCGCGUCCCGCCGCCCCUCACGCCGCUCUCCACCAUCCGCAACUUCACCAUGGGGGCGCCGCCGGCCGGCGCCGCCCCCGCCAGCGCCCCCGGCACUGCCCCCGGCGGCGGCGGCGGCGGCGAGGGCGCCCGGCUACCCGCCGGCGCCUACAGCCCGCACCACCUGCCGCUGCGGCCCAUCCUGCGGCCCCGCAAGUACCCCAACCGGCCCAGCAAGACGCCGGUGCACGAGCGGCCCUACCCCUGCCCCGCCGAGGGCUGCGACCGCCGCUUCUCCCGCUCCGACGAGCUCACCCGGCACAUCCGCAUCCACACGGGCCACAAGCCCUUCCAGUGCCGCAUCUGCAUGCGCAACUUCAGCCGCAGCGACCACCUCACCACCCACAUCCGCACGCACACCGGCGAGAAGCCCUUCGCCUGCGACUUCUGCGGCAGGAAGUUCGCCCGCUCCGACGAGAGGAAGCGGCACACCAAGAUCCACCUGCGCCAGAAGGAGCGCAAAGGCGCCGCCGCCGCCGCCGCCGCCUGCCCGCCGCCCGCCGCCGCCGCCGCCCUGGCGCCCUGCGCGGCGCGGACGCGGACGCCCUGA